AAAGAAAUCAGCUCUGUUUUCCUAAUCCUGGCAAACCUUUUAGAGACUAAGGAGAAGCUUGCUUGUGCCCAUCCUCUGUGCAGAGGAAAAAGAAUUUCAGGCAGUUUUAGACUAGCUUCUCUAGUCAGAGGAGGUGUCAGGCAGCAAGAUAGCCUCUCCACUAUGUCUAGGGUUAUUACUAGACUUGUGCACAAGAAAAAUUUUCGUUUUGUUUUAUUGUCUUGGAUACAUUUUUGGUUCGGUAAUAUUUUCGGUUUUGAUUUUUCGGAUACAUUCGGUAUUCGGGUGUUCGGUUUGAUUUUUCGGAUACAUUCGGUAUUCGGGUUUUUAUUUUUUUCGGGUACAUUCAGGUAAAUCUUUUUUAAGCAGGGGACCAUUGUCGGGAGCGUGUGUGUGCAGGAAAAGAGGGCACCCGCAGAGAUCCAAACAUUGUGGAACAGAUUAGACACAAGAAGACCCAAGAAAUGUGAGAGAUGAAGAUGAGACAAAGGAAAGCAAAGCUUGGAGAGUCCGCAAAACAUCAUCGCACUUCUGCCUAUCUAGUCAAGACAACAAGAGGCAAGAGAUAUCCAGGGAAUGGAAAAAAUUGUUGCUGGGCGAGGUUUUCUUCUGAUCACAGUCCUUCUGGGAUACUGCAUUGUAUGGUCUUCUUCAACCAUCAUUCCCACCAUCCGGAACCCAGGCAGACUCUGGAAAAGAGACCUCUCUUAUCAAUCUCUCAAUGACAAAGAGUUAAAUCCAUUCCUAAGUGGACCAGACUCCUGGAACCAAGUCCCCUCAAUAACAUUCCAUGAUUGGAGUAUUAAAAUGCUAUCCUCAGACAUGAUUCCCAAUGAAACACCAGAUGAGAGGGCCGGGAAGUUGCUCAUGCUGCCCAUCACCAGACAGCUCAUGUUUGGAUCCAAUGAUAUUCAGAAAAGGUUCAUACCAGAUAAGGUCAGGCUUAACAGGGGAAUGACUGACCAAAGAUGGCUGCCAAUGUGGCCUGCUAAUGAAGAGAUGGAAAAACGAAGCAUAGUGGUGGCGGAUGAUGCUGCUUUCCGAGAGAAGAGUAAAAUGCUAACUGCAAUGGAAAGACAGAAAUGGCUAAACUCCUACAUGCAGAAACUUCUAGUGUUCAAUUCCACUUAGCUGUAGCCACUGGUGAACUGUGUAUUUGUGUGUUCUCUGUAUUCAAUAAAAAUAAAAACAUAUUCUUGGUUUUGUCCAAAUAUACACUAAUACACUAUAUUUUUUCUCUUCUCAUCCAUCUCUUUGUACAUAAAAAUAUUUUGAAGCUAAAUUCAGUAAAGGCUGCC